AUGCCCACUUAUUUGAUAUCAUCCAUGUCUCGCCUCAGACAUAAAGAAACAAUCAAAUCCGUAAGCUCAGAUGAGAUCUUAAAUGAGGAUACUGUGCACCCCUUUGUGGAAGUUUCGUUUCAGCACACUGUGUACCAAACCAGUGUUGCAAGUGGAUCUCAUCCAUGCUGGAAUGAAGAAAUUAAAGUAGAUUUUAUCUUACCAGGACAUGAUUAUAGCAUCUCAAGCUUAUCUAAAAUAAAAGAUAAUAUAUAUAUCAACAUUUUUGAUGAAAUGAUUAUUGAAAAACAUGAGGAUCACAGUUUCAAGAGCUGCAGUGGUCAUUCAUAUAUAAGAAAGAAUUGGCUAGGAUCCAUUGUCUUCCCUUUCUCUGCUCUCCUGCAACAAUCUGAGUUUUCAGGUCAAAUAGAUGUUUUGGAGAGAGCACAGAUUUUUAAAAAAAAUUGUAAGGCAUUAUUUCCUGAACGAAGAAUCACAACUACUGUUUUUAAUGAUGAAGGGAUACAGAUCUUAGUAACAAGAUAUAUCAAGGCAUUGAAUCCACCUCAACAACUCCUGGAUAUAUUUCUUCAUGAUUCUAAUACAACACUUGACCUCGUUGCUCACUUUGUAUCUUUGAUUCCUAUUAUGCCUGAUACACUGGAUGAAAAUGAUGGUUUUGAUAUAUGGAUGACAUCAGAGCGCUGCAUCAGUUUGGCUAUUGGAAAUAAGGAGGAGCAUGCCAUACUUCUCUGUAAUUUCUUCCUGUAUUUUGGAAAGAAAGCUUUGGUCCUCCUAGGAACCUCGAUGUUGGAAGGGCAUGUGGCUUAUGUAUUAACGCCAGAAACUGAUGAAUAUUUGCUUUGGAAUCCAUUAACUGGGCAAUGUCAUAAGCAGUUUGACCCAUUUUGUCCCUUACAAAGUGUAGAUUGUUUGUUUGAUGGUGAAAAUGUCUGGUUUAACAUUCAGCAAAAUAAUUCACCAAGGGCUGUAUAUUUUGACUAUUCAAAGGAAAGUUUCUGGAAACAGUUGCUUCCAAAAAAUUAUCAAGGGACAAAAGCACAAAGCAUACAGCCUGAAGAAAUAAUUUAUUCUGAUACUAAUAAAAGCAUGGUAGAAGAUCUAAAGAACAGGAUUGAAAGAACUCUGAAAUAUAAAAUAAUGGAAUGGCGACCUAAACAGCCAACACGUUGGAAUAGACAAUGUACUUUCAUUUUAAGACAAAUCCUUCCUAAGUUAGAGCUUGGCACCGGAAACUUUGUUUCAUCUGAAGAAGAGAGUGAAUUUGAAAGACUGCUACAAUUUUAUUGGGUCGCAGGAUUUCCUAUCCAGAUGCCAUACACUGAUGUACAGUCAGUUAUUGAUGCUGUGUAUCAAACUGGAAUUCAUUCCUCUGAAUUUCCACAGACAGAAUUUGCUCUAGCUGUGUAUAUUCACCCCUACCCAAACAACAUAUUAUCUGUUUGGGUCUAUUUGGCUUCAUUAGCGCGAUAUCAGUGAAAAGGAAUAAGGGAAAGGGGAAAGAUUGUACAUAGGCCCCCAACCAGAAGCCAAACUUUUCUAGUACUUGGGAUUUUCCUAUUUAUCCUCAAAUCCAGACAAUUGUGAGCCCAAUUUUUGGUUCACUUAUAGAGUUGGGCACAAGACUCACUCCCUGAGUUUUUGAGGACAAGCAUAAAUGACCUCCUCACUGGAGACCUCGUCAGGGAGGACACUUUGGGAAGUCUGGCGCCUUGGGUCGCUGUCUACGGUAAGUCUUAUUCUGGGAAAGAAGCAAUUCUGAUUUCUCUCUGAGCCAGUGUUACUCAAAUUGGGGGCCCCACACCACCUCCAUCAAAAUCACCUGGAAAGCCUUAUUGA